AUGGGUGACUACAAUGCUGAACUUGAAUCAGAACAUGGGAUAUUUUCACUAAUUGACUCAAGAAGUAAACUUAUAAUGGACUUUAUGUCAAAUUAUGAUAUGUUAGCUAUAAAUACGAAAGCUGUUUGCUCGGGGGCAAAAUUUACAAAUGUACCAUACAACUGUGAUAGAGAAACUUUGAUAGAUUUUAUCAUAAUGUCUGAAGGUUUUUCUAAAAAUAUGGUAAAUUGCAAAAUCUUAGAGGAUAAUGCAUUGAAUGUGUCAACGCAUCGGCCGGUAAUAUGCACCGUUGUAAUGCCAUCUGCUUACUCGCCCCAAACUAAUAAUAGUCCUAAAACAGACAUUAUCAACUGGAAAAAUGUUACGCAAAACCAGCUUAAUGCUUAUAAAUGCUUUCUUGAAAACAGCGAAUUAUUACUGCAGUUAGCAAGUUCAGACAUAAUAAGCACGCGUGAGAUUGACCAAUUGUACGACAAAAUUGUGUCUGUUAUUAACACUGCCUCAGAGGCAUGUAUCCCGCGAGUAGGUUAUAAGCCGUACAUUAAACCGUACUGGAACCGGAACUUAUCAGAGCUCCACAAUGAUAUGAAAACUAAACGUACUAACUGGAUGAAAGAAAAUCAGCCUAGAGGGAAUACAGCAUCUAGUUAUAAAUCGUAUAAAGAUUCCAAAAGCAAGUUUAGGUCUGCUCAUAGAAUCUGUGUUAUGAAAUAUAUGCAAGAGCAAGAACAUGAAAUAGAUGUGGCUGCAGAAAUUGACAGUUGUGAGUUUUGGAAAUUAAUUAAUAAACGCAGGAAUAAACCCAAACGCAUCUCUUCGCUUGAGAUGGUUUUCAAGGAUGUCCGCUAUACAGAUCCGCAAGCAAUUAACUCAUGCUGGAGAGACUAUUUUGCAGAUCUUUAUUCCCCUACGGAAAGCGAAGGUUUUAACGAGACGUACAGACAGACAGUUACCAGCGAAAUCUCUUCUUUACGCCAAAACUUAAAUAAUAAAUACGGUAACCGUUAUAUAAUAGAAAGAGACAUUGUAUUAAAGGCUCUCAAUUCGUGCAAGAAAGGCAAAGCCUGCGGCAACGACAAAAUAUACUAUGAAAAUGUUAUCCACGGCGGAGAACUUCUGUUAAGUGUUAUAGUGAAACUAUAUAAUUGCAUGCUUAAAUCUUCGCAUACACCUAUGGAAAUGAAAAGGGGUAUUAUCAUCACAUUAUUUAAAGGUGGGAACAAGAAGAAGACGGACCCAAAUAACUACAGGGCAAUCACAUUGUGUUCUAUACUUCUCAAACUAUAUGAAAAAGUUGUUCUCCUGCUCCUAAAUAGUGACGAUAAACUUCACCUUAAUCCUUCACAAGGGGUUUCCAGCGUAACGUUAGCUGUGUGA